AUGGCCCCACGACUGCUCCUGGCCCUUGUCCUCUGGGCCGGCUGCUUGCCCUGUAGUGGGAGUGAAGCCCCCACCCAGUCCAGGGUGUGGUGCCGGGCCUUUAGGUACCCGAUUGCCGUAGAUUGCUUCUGGACCCUGCCGCCUGCUGCAGACUCCGCCAGGCCCGCGUCCGUCAUUGCCACGUACAGGCUCGGAGUGGCCGCCCACGGGGAGAGCCAGCCCUGCCUCCGGCCAACACCGGAAGCCAGCAGUUGCACCAUCCCAGACGUCCACAUGUUCUCCAUGGUGCCCUACCUGCUGAACAUCACGGCUGUCCACCCCUCGGGCAGCAGCAGCAGCAGCUUCGUGACCUUCGUCCCGGAGCACAUCAUCAAACCAGACCCUCCAGAAGGCGUGCACCUGAGACCCCUCCACGGGCAGGGGCUGUGGGUGCAGUGGGAACCUCCCAGGUCCUGGCCCUUCCCGGAGAUCUUCUCACUCAAGUACUGGAUUCGCUACAAGCGUCAUGGAGCUGCCCGCUUCCGCCAGGUGGGGCCCAUCGAAGCCACGUCCUUCACCCUCAGGGCUGUGCGGCCCCACGCCCGGUACUGCAUCCAGGUGGCUGCCCAGGACCUCACUGACUAUGGGCAGCCCAGCAACUGGAGCCUCCCUGCCACCGCCACAGCGGCUCUGGGCCAGGAGCAGGGGCUUUCCAGGCCCCUCCCCCUCCCUGCUACCUACUCCAAGGCGGAUGGAACCUGA